AUGCUUGGGGAAUUUAAUGGUUUGCAAGCUUUGAUUUUGAAUGAUUGUCAAUAUGCUUAUUAUGUUCAUUGUUUUGCUCAUCGUCUUCAAUUAGCAUUGGUUGCAGAAGCUAAAAAAGUGGUUGAAGUGCAUCAAUUCUUUAAAGACUUUUCUGAUAUUGUUAAUAUUGCUUCGGCUUCUUCCAAACGAGACAAUGAAUUACAAACAGACCAAGCAGCUGAAAUAACUCGUGUAGUAUCCAUCAAUGAGUUAGCAACUAGAACAAGAAUGAAUCAGAUUGGCACUUUACAACUUCCUGGUGAAAAUCGAUGGAGUUCCGAUUUAAAUUCAAUUACUAGUUUACUGAAGAUGUACAAUGCUAUUAGCACAGAAGUUUUAGGGAUUACUGAUAACCUUUGUCAAGCUUUACAACGUUGUUCUCAAGAUAUAUUAAAUGUCAAGAGUUUAACGAAAGAUUUAAUUCAAAAGUUGAGAGAUGAUGGAUGGAAUCAAUUGUUGAAAAAAGUGAUAUCUUUUUGUGAAACUUGGGAGUUGGAUUUUCCAUAUAUGAAUGCUCAAUACAUUUUGGGUCGUAGUCGCAACAAGAAGGAAGAUGUUAUAGUGGAGCAUUAUUAUCAAGUGGAUAUAUUUUUUGCUACAAUAGAUACUCAGUUGCAAGAAUUGAAGAGUAAGUUUAACGAAAAUGUUGUCAAGCUUCUUACUCUUACUAAAGCUUUAGAUCCCAAGGAGUUUUUCAAGUUAUUUGAUAUUGAUAAAAUUUGCAUUCUUUUAAACAAGUUCUAUCCAAAAGAUUUUUCUCAACAAGAGAAAGAACAACUCCCAUAUUAG